AUGAUGCAUAGAGAUUGGUUAACUUAUUAUCCUGAUAUAAACCGAGUAUUUUGCUUACAUUGUAUGUUAUUCGGAAAAAAAAGUAAGAAAGCCUGGGUAUCAGAUGGAUUUUGUAAAUUCCAAAAUGGGUCUAUAUCCUUAAUGGGUCAUGAGACUACUGAUGCACAUGUAGAAAUUUCACUUAAAGUAAAAAUGAGGGAAUUAACGUUACCAUUAAUACCAUCAAUAGUUGAAGAAAAAAAGAAGCAAGUAGCCUUCAAUCGUGAAAUAGUAGGACACUUGAUUGAAAUUAAUAAAUAUCUGGGAUACCACUCAUUGGCUUUUCAAGAUCAUCGAGAACAAUGCUCUCUCAAUUCAUAUUACAAAUCUUCAAAUAAGCGGCGUGGCACAAAAGAACUUUCUUUUAUAUCUUGGCAACGUCAAAAUUUACUUAUAAAUGCUCUAGCACAAGAAAUUUUAUCUAUUAUUAAAUUUGAGAUCCAAAAUGCUAAAUUCUUCAGUAUAAGUAUAGAUUCUACUUUUGAUAUAUCAAAAAGAGAACAAGUUUCAUUUGUUAUUCGGUAUACAAAAGAAGAAAAAGUAUUUGAAAGACUUAUUUCCAUCAAAGAGUCAAUAUUUACUACUGGGCAAGCUCUUUUUGAUCUGUUUAUAAAAGUUAUGGAGUACAAAUUGGACUGGAAAACUUUCUUAGUUGGACAUAAGACUGUGAUGGAGCAGCCAGCAUGCAAGGUAAAUACAAUGGGCUACAGACAAAAAUCAAAGAGACUUGAUUUAAUUAUAACUUCUACAGUUGGUUCAUGUGCUAAGGCUGUCGAUUUAUUUGGAAAUAUGGAGAAACUAUUUACUUUUAUCAGUUGUAGUAAGAAGCGAAUUUCUAUGUAUCGUGAAAAACAAAAAAAGUUAUAUCCAAAUGCACGUAUAAAGGCAUUGAAAAAAGUUGAAACCACUAGAGGGAUGUCUCAAGCUUUUACUACUGUGCUUGAAACCCUGGAUUCCAUUUUAGAAACUUUAGAAGACAUAAAAAGUUUCGAAGGACAGGUUGACUUUAAAACAGAUAAAAAUGUAUCUAUAGUUUUAAAUGCAUUAUCAGACGAGUCAGAUUCAAGUAGUUCAAAUUACUCUGUUGUUGAAAAUGAAUCUAUUAAUGAAUCUCAAAAAAGAACUUUUUCAAAACUUAAAUUAAUUAAGACAAGACUUCGUUCUACCAUGAUCCAAGAUCGUCUUGAAGAUUUAAUGAUUAUUUCCUGUGAAUCUAAUAUAAAAACUGAUACUGACAAGAUCAUUGACAACAUUGCCACGAGGUCUUCUGUUUUAACAAAAGCUAUGACCUAUUAA